CAGGGGGCGGGGUUGGGGAGGCUGGCCCGAGCCCAGCACAUAACUGUGGGCGGCUGCAGUCUGGGGCAGCAGACACCCAGCCGCUCUGAGCUGAACUGGCAGCAUGAAGGCCCUCCUGGCCCUGCCGCUUCUGCUGCUUUUCUCCACACCCCCCUGCGCCCCCCAGGUCUCCGGGAUCCGGGGAGAUGCUCUGGAGAAGUCUUGCCUUCAGCAGCCCCUGGACUGUGACGACAUCUACUCCCAGGGCUACCAGACGGAUGGCGUGUACCUCAUCUACCCUUCAGGCCCCAGCGUGCCCGUGCCCGUCUUCUGUGACAUGACCACCUCGGGUGGGAAGUGGACGGUUUUCCAGAAGAGAUUUAACGGCUCGGUGAGUUUCUUCCGGGGCUGGAAUGACUACAAGCUAGGCUUCGGCAGAGCCGACGGGGAGUACUGGCUGGGGCUGCAGAACCUGCACCUUCUGACGCUGAAGCAGAAGUACGAGCUACUGGUGGACCUGGAGGACUUUGAGAACAACACGGCCUCUGCCAAGUAUGCCGAGUUCUCCAUCUCGCCCAACGCGGUCAGCGCCGAGGAGGACGGCUACACCCUCUACGUGGCAGGCUUCGAGGACGGCGGGGCAGGCGACUCCCUGUCCUACCACAGUGGCCAGAAGUUCUCCACUUUCGACCGAGACCAGGACCUCUUUGUGCAGAACUGCGCAGCUCUCUCCUCGGGAGCCUUCUGGUUCCGCAGCUGCCACUUCGCCAACCUCAAUGGCUUCUACCUGGGUGGCUCCCACCUCUCCUACGCCAAUGGUAUCAACUGGGCCCAGUGGAAGGGCUUCUACUACUCCCUCAAGCGCACCGAGAUGAAAAUCCGGCGGACCUGAGGGGCUGGCCCCACAGGCUCUAACCCUCGCCUGGCUGCUCCAGGUAUCCACGAGUGCUCCCUCUGCAGCCCCUGCCCCACCCCAGGGCCCCUGAUAUGCUGGUUCUGCUGCUCUCUUAGCACCUGCUCCUCACAGGGGGCCUUGUGGCUCUAGCCCCAACUGAUCCCGUCACAGCCAGGGCAUCCAUCUCUAAGCCAGACCUCUGUCCCCCUCCACCUGAGGCUAAGCUGCCAGCAGCUUCCCAGGCCUCCUCUGAAAGGCACGGCCAUCCCAGCCUGCACGUGGCUGGGCUCCAUGAGUCUCUCAGUUGCCUCUGCCCUAUCUCAAAGGCUGAGAGCCGGGAGCAGCUCUCCCAGACUGCAGGCUUUUGUGUUCCACCUUAGCCAGCUCCCUUACUGUGGACUCCUACGUCUGGGGCCACCCUAGCAUGCUAGACUGAGCUGGUGCAGUCUGACCAACACCCAGUGUACACCAGACCACCUGCAUGUGGCUGCCAUUGCCACACCCCAGCACUUUCCCUGGCUGUUCUCAGAGUAUCUCCCAUCCUUCGCCUCCCUCUCACCAACUUAUUUCCCAGUGGUGAGCACCAUGGACCCCCGGCCCCACUCACUAUCAUACUGAGCUUCUCCCCUGCCUGUCCCAGGCCCCCAAAGCUCAAUAUCAAACUGUAUUUCAUCACGGCUACUGCACGCCACCCUAGAACAGCCAUAACCAAGGUAGGCAUAGAUGUGAGGUCUCCCCACCAACCCCAGGUUGAGUUUGACCAUGUGCGGGGGCAGAGGACCACCUCUGUGGGGCUGGAAACGGGUGGGGACUGGAGGUCUCAAUAAACCUCAAGACUUUAA